UCUGUCGCAACCCCGCAAAGACGGCGCAAAGAUGAGCAGCAUGAGAAUCUGAGGAUGCUUUCUCCUUAGGAUGCCGAUAUAAAUGGAUCCGUGAGAAGACUCGCCUAACAAUGGCAAAUUUGCCCGAUCCGGCCGACGCCAUCGACUCGAGCCAUGAAAACCAGGAACAGGUUUCCAUUUCGUCCAUGGCGCAGAAGAGCCGACAGCACUUGGAAAGCCUCUUGCAUCAGUUCGGACCUAACGGCUCAUCGGGAGACCUCGUAAGAGUUGAAGAUUCAUUAGGUCGCUUCAUGGUCUGGGCUAGAAAUCUAGGAGCUUUUCGCGACCCGAAUUCCACUAGUUCCUUGGAUUACCGGUUACGAAACGGGAAUCAGAUGCAGACGAAUGUCAAGGCCGCACUCCAAGAUAUUGCUGAGUCUGCAAGUCGAGCCAAGUUAAUCUUGACUGGUGAUCUCCCCAAUCGGAGUAACGAAGGGGAAUUCCAGCAUGUUCCCAGCAAUGUCAGCCAAGCAUCGCUGUUAUCAAACACACCUCGGCCUCCGACCUCAGAACUACGGGAACUUCUUCUGGGCCUCGAGGCCUCCAUAAACCGCCUGUUUAGACUUUCGAUGCUAAUUCGCCGCCAUCGUCCCAGAGGACGGCUGCCAGGGGAGGCCCAACUCCCCGAACAGGACGCCAGCAUCGACAUUAGGCACGUGAAGGACAAGUAUGCCAAAGUCAAAGAAUCUCCCUGGCUGGCUGAGCGCCUUGGACGGGCCACUGCGAAGCGAAGAUGGUGGAUCUUGUACCGGCAGUCACACCACCGACGGCUGGCAGACCAAAACGAAGGUUCUACGGAAGGGGCCGAAACGGAGUCGAGGAUGGCAGCAUCCACGCUUGCCACUACGUAUGAUGAAAGCCAUGGUGGCCUCGACGACCACCUGGAAAGACUGGCGAGAGUCAGUCUCAUGACUCAAGCGACUUCAUUCGCCACGGCUUUUGGCAGCGACGAAGACGGGGAACUUCGAGUCCCUGACCUAACUCGUCUGGUAUUUAAUGGUAUUCGGUUAGAUUACAAUGACAUAUUCGAGUGUCCCUUCUGCCGGGCCAUGCAAUUGGUAAGCUCGGAGCGGGAAUGGAGAAGGCAUGUCUUCACCGAUCUCCAGCCAUACGUCUGCACAUUCGAAAGCUGCUCAUCCCCUCUUUUCGCAACGAGACAUGAAUGGUUCAACCACGAACUGGAGUCGCACAGAAAACAAUGGCAGUGCCAUAAAUGCCGGAAUUAUGGAUUCAAGUCAGCCGCCGGUCUCCGAGAGCACCUGGACACAGUCCACCACGGAUCCGUAACGGAGGCACAAAUGCCACUGAUACUGAAAGCGUGCGAGAGACCCAUCAGGGAUUUCAACUCCUCGUCGUGUCCGCUCUGCGAUGACUGGGCGCCUCCACCCGGCAAGUCAUAUAAUGCAGAUACCUUCUGCCGCCACCUCGGUAACCACCUCCAGCAGCUCGCCUUGACGGCUCUGCCCCUCGUCAUCGACGGCCUCGUCCUUCUCGACCAGUCUUCCGUUGACGAAGAAGAGACCUACCCAAUCGAAGACCUUGUAGAUUUCGAUGAUGGUUAUUCCCUGGGGGAGACGGCGGGGGGACAGGAGGACGAGUCGAAGAAUCCAGACGGGCCGACGGAGCAAACGCAGCCAGAAUCAUCUUCGUCUGUAAUAGAUCGAUGGGAACAGAUCCGUAAGAAUGCUGCCGAGCGCGUAGCUCGGCGAGAGAAGGAGGAACGGGACCGAGAUGAAAGUGGUGAAGCCGCCGAGAGUGAAGAAACGAUCACGAUCGAGGAGCGUGUUGCCCGAAUCAAGGCUCGCGUUGCCGAGCUGACCGCCCAGGGAGACUUCACGCAGCGUCGAUAGAUAGACACGAGUGUUAAAUGACAGUGACGAGGACGAUGAUGUAUUGUACAAUACCUGAUGUGCCUACCUUGGUAAGCAUUCGGUAAUUAAUUAUUUCGUAAUUAAGGCCCAGCUGUGAAGC